UCGUAUACACCGACACUCCCAUACCUCUCUCAUUCUCUUCGCGUAUACACCGAAGUCCCAUCUUUUGCCUCUCUUUCUCUCUCUGUUCCCAUCUAUUGCCUCUCUCUCUCUCUCUCUCUCUCUCUCUCUCUCUCUCCACUCACACACAUGGCAGAAACCGAGUCCCGCAACCGCAAGCGCGUCCGAGUCGACUCGGACGACUUGCUCGAAUUCCACACCGAGUCACCCGAGUUCCCUGAGGCGAAGCGCUUCCAUGCCGAUCUCCUUGAGAUCCUCGAUGACGCGGACACCGCCGGCGACCGGAAUGAAGACCUCGUCACCGUAAUGAAGAGCUUCGAGGAAGAGAUAACUUCCUCCUUCCCCCCGCCACCGGCGUCCGCCUCGGAUUCCGGCGAGUCUCAACCAGAUCUUGGUUACCUUCUAGAAGCCUCGGACGACGAACUCGGCCUCCCGCCCACCGCCUCCUCCGGCGCGGAAACCGAAGAGGAUAUCCUACGUGGCCCGUCUGAGACCUUUGGAUUCGGUCAGAUAUGGGGGUUUGACGAUGAGAUCCCGAGUUACGAUGCGUUGGAAUUCGGGAUUCGUGAGGUGAAGGAGAACGAAGAGGAGCCGUUCGUUUUCGAGGGGCUUUUUGAUUAUUCCGAUGUCGAUUACGGGCAGUCCGAUUUCUCGGAAGUUUCGUGGCGGACGGAAUCGCUCCCGGCGCUGUAGCAACGUAUCGGCCGUUACGGCCUUUUCGGUGCCGGUGUUAGCGUCUCUUUUUCAUGGCUUUUGUAUAUUUGAAAAUAUAAAGGGGAAAUGAAACUUAGGUAGAAAUUCAGAAUCA